AGCUUGACAAACACAACAAACGAGCUUUAUGAUGCAAGAGCUAAGUGGGAUCGAUCGCUUCACAUGGUUGGAAUGACGCAAGAGUACAUAGGUAACGUAUGGCCGUGGCAAAAAUCCGAGGACCAAAUGAAUGGAAUUCUUACACGGUUCAUUUGAAAAGCGGGAGGAUAAGGACGUACAAACCGGACGAAGAUAGAAACAAUACAGUUGGCCGACAUCGUACCGGUCUCCAAUGGGCUGCAAGAUCAAGGCGGUCCAAAUUUAAAAUAAGAACCAUCGACAGUCCUAUCAGUAGCCUAUGGUAGGGAACCUGAAGGGUAACAGUCAUGCCACCCUGCGAGAAGUUGCGAUGUGGACUGUGGGUACGGGUUGGUUGAACCGAGUCUGCUGACGGGCAGCUGGGAACUGAGCGCGAUGCAUGUUCAAAACAGAGAAAGAGACAGUAGUUGACAGAUUGGCGUGAAAGAGAGUCGCUGAGGCUGUUGGGACUAAGGAGAGUUUAGUAGUAUGAGCGCCGACAAGCCGGGACGGGAAAAGAGAUGAUCGUGUUUUGGCGAGCGUGGAAUAGCAUCGAACUGUUUGCCCCUUGACCAUCUCGGCCGUCGAGAAAACGAUGGUCUUCAAAUACUCCCGUCUGUGAACGUUGGUCGGUCUUUCUUCCCGGUUGUCUCCAGGUUGUCUCUCUUUCCUCGUCUGCCUCCGACAGCGGGCGGAUGCUCAGCGGUUGAAGACAUCUUAGUAUACCUCCCCUGAUUUGCGUUGUGGCUAACUCGCGGCCUUGCUGUCACCUUCCUUACCAUUUGCAUUGCAUUUUCAUUCCCCAGCCGGACGCUCAGCACUGGCAGCCGCGUCCACGUUCCAUUCCUCUCGGUUAAGACUCCAAUCAGUGUCAGCUUCCCCUCCCAGGACUGCCAAAUACUGACUUCCUCUUCUGCGCUUGCUCGCGAACAGAAUCGGGCCCAGUCCCUCCUAACUUUCUACUAGUACUAUGCGUCGGCUGGCUGCAUUCUUCGGUCCAAAACGUUCAGACAGAAGCGAAGCCAGCGACAACGUUAGCGAGUCCCACUCGCAGCAUACUGUACAAUCAUCAACGUCCAAGUCGAAAGCUCGCGCCGGCUUCCUACGCACGUUCUCGCGAAAUGGAGGAGGUACAGAUGCAGAACAACCCGCAGAGCAGAAACCGAGAAGGCAUCCCAUGCCAUCUCUGGUGAGAACAGAUGCCCCCUCCUCAUCCUCUUCAUCCAGCGGCGGGCCCCAUACUCCUGACGACGAGCGAGCAAGCCUUGUACGAGGCAAGUCAGACUUCAACCCAUGGUUGCAAUAUCCUGGGCCGGAAGAUGCUCGGGUCCCUAACAUCUCGCCUGGUAAUACGUCUCAAGUGCGUCCGUCCCUUAAGGAUACGCGGACACACCUUUCGCCUUGGAGUCACUCUCAGCCCAGGCAUUCUCAUGAAGACACAGAUGAGGACACGUCUUCUGUAGAAUCAUCUGAAUCAGAGGGUGCCCCAGCGCUCCUCAACACGACUAUGGCGCCAUCGGAAUACUUUCGUGUCCUAACUGUCAACGCAAUAGCCCCUCCCUUCUCGCCACCCCCUCUUUUGCACAUCCAUGGGUGCCCCGUCUUUCCCCGAUCAUCUAAUCGCUGUCGGGCUUUAUUGCGAGAUGAAAGUCUCCGAUCGGGCAUGCACAAGAAGCAUCUAUUAUGCCGACUUGCGCAAGGCAACCUCUCACCCUCUGACGAACUCGCGCUCAAAGGGUUUGCUAACAGAACUCAUGGCCCUGCACCGAAGAGACCUUCCUUACUCCUUGAUGACACUGCUUUGAAGGCCCGCGAGAAAGUCGGAACGCAUAGUCAGGGGCUGAAACGGUGGGUGACACGCCCAUGUUUUGAAGAGCGUAUGGUAUUAUACGUGCCAUUGGAGACAGGCGAAGUAGUUGCAAGGUCCAUUCCAGGCAUCAACCUUGGUGUAGCUGAGCUGGAAUAUAGCGAAGCUCUGGAGGUUCUUGCCGGACUUUAUGAGUCGCCGCUGGAACUGUCUACUGAAGCGACGGCAAAUUUCACGACUUCCCCGACGAACGUGACCCCUCCUCUCUCCAUGUCUCCCUCUUCCGCUCCUGCGUCGCCUGCUAUUGCAACUCCUUUGCAUCCUCCUGCCUCUGCAUCAGCCCCGUCGUUGACCGGUCAUAAACCACAACCGCAAGCGGUCUCUCCCACACAGAAUCGCAACUCGUACAAAGCCGCACCGUCUCCGUUGCGCAUUGAGCACUCCUCUGCCCCCUCUCCAACGUUCACCGCAGUACCUCUCACCGCAUCAUCUUCCCAGACCUCCCAGACAUCCACUAUUCUCGCAUCUCAUAUAAAUUCUCCUACAAUAAUUCUUUCUCCUUCUUCUCCAGAACCUCCUCGGUCGCCACCAUCACCUCCACGAGCUAAGCUCGGCGUCCGCUUUGCUGAAGAGGAAAAGGACGACCAGUUCCCAUUGGGGUAUGUACUCCGAGUUAGGCAAAAGCGUGAACAGAAAGCCCGCUUCCUUGAGGCCGAGCGUCUCCGUCGGAUACACGAAAAGGAACGGAGGAAAUUCGAAGAGGAGCGACGUCGUCAGGAGGCGGAGAAGAAGAAAUGGGAGCAGGAACGGUCUGCUUGGGAGCGCGAAAAGCGUGCUGCUGAAGAAGAGCGAAAGAAGCGAUUGUACGCUGAGGAGUUGGCCGCUGCGCGCAGUCGGCGGGAGAGCGUGCGCUUCGGGACAGGUCCUCGUGCAGAUGGCGAUACUCCAUUGCUGUGGGACGGAAGCGAUAGAGACCGGGAGCGCGAAAGACGCGGCAGACAACCUCAGGAGACUUACACUCGUCCAGUGUAUGAUGUGAAUGCACCCACCCCAAGGAGGCAGGGCUCAGAUCCGCUCAUACCGCCACCUAUUCGUUCGCGCAAGGAGUCCUCUCCUGCUAGUUCGCGACCACCUAGCGCCGGGGGCUCUGGGUCUUCUCGGCCUCCCUCAAUGUAUUCAACGCCACAGUCCUCGGUGCCUGACAUUACUGUUCGGGAUCGCCGCGAGAGUAAAGGCAGCCGGCGUGGGUCCAUGACUUCGGUUGCAGACUCUUCUCAUCGGUCAGUGAUGGAUCGUUCUUCUUUCCCUCCGUCCUUCUCGUGGAAUGGGAACAUGAACCAAGGCAUUCCGCCUGUUCCUCCAUUGCCCUUGAUGCCUAUGGUUCCAGUCGUGCCUUACAUGAUGGACAUGCCUCUGCUGCCACCCACUCCUCCCUUCAUGAUGCAGCAGUUUGGUAAUCGCCCGCAACAACAGCGAUCUCAUAGUUCCUCUCCUACGGUUGGUACCAAUCGUUUGCCUGCAAGUCAAAGCACCGACCGGGUGAACCAACAUGGUACCUCUCCCGUCCGUCAUCACGAACGUCGAGCUAGUGGAGAUAUUGCUGAGCUACAGAAAUCGAGGGCAAGUACACCUCGAUACAGUCUGGUUCUUCAUCUCAUGGACGGGGUGUAUCGCGCAAUUCUGCUGCCCCUUCAAGUUACUUUGAACCGAAUCCACAAAAACCUCUUCAACCACCGAUUCCAGUCAAGAGCACUUCAUGGACCCAACCUGCAUUCCAGAACCUCAGUCGACCACCAACGAAUCGGCGACAGACUAUGAUCUCAUAAUUAAACCCUUUAGCAUUAGCUUUGGACUUUCUUUUCCAUAUAUGUACGGUUACCUUGUAAGGAUUGCAUGUUCAUAUCGUAGUGUUUGUCACCAUAACCUCCCUCAUCCCCGUCUUCCCCCUUGCUGCUCCUGGUUUGCUCCUGGUCUCUGUUUCUAUCUCCUCGUACAUGUCAUAUCAUUUCUCAUCACGGACUUCCCGUCAUUCAUUGUGAUCCCCACGUUCCCUUACACUUAGCUAUUUACCUAGCAUACAUCCAUUUGGGCCAGACUUCUUCGCAUCCUGACAUUUUUCACAUAUUUUUUUCCUUCCAAUGGUCUUGCCUCAGAACUGUGUUUUACUAUAAUACGUUGUCCAUGUUGGAUAUAUCGGCGAGCUUUGUUAUGAUCGCGCGCCCUCAUAUUAUCUCUACAGCUAUCGUACACAUUUACAAUUGCCCUAGCUUGAUCUGUCUCUCCAUUCAUCUCGCAAGCCCUUCUCGUUCGUGCACAUCUUCAUGUAGAACACUGUGUCUCUUUCCAAAUGCAUUCAUAACUAUAAUUUCAGCAU